AUGACAAGGCUAAAAGUAAACGAAGUUUCGACAAAGCACAUUCAGCAACCAAAUAAAUCGCUAAUCAUUAACCAAGAACAACCGGCCAAAAUUAUUAGUUGUGAAAUAAAAAAAGGAAAAUUAAUUACGCAAUUAGAUGAUGGGAGAGAAGUGAUUAUUGCGGUUAAUUUGUUAACCAAAUACGGAAUAUUAGAGGAGGAUACUAAACCUGAACAGUUAAAAAGGUAUGAAUUACAAAAUGAAGGAAGGUAUAUUCAUUUUCCCGAAACUGAUGAAAUAUUACCGGCUCGGAUAAUUAGUAAAGGAAUAUUUGCUUCUUGUGAGGAAAGUAGAGAAGAAUAA